AUGGGGCCAGGAACCCUCAAUGACUCAAGAACCCCCGAGUUCCUGCUGCUGGGACUGUGGGCCCCACCUUCCCUGCGUCCCUUGCUGUGGGCCUCUCUUCUCCUGGCCUACCUCGCCACGGUGUUGGGUAACGGUGCCCUGGUGGGACUCAUAGCCCUGGACAGACGACUACACCGGCCCAUGUACCGCCUGCUGACCCACCUGGCCCUGCUGGACACGGCCUAUGUGAGCACCACGCUGCCGCAGGCGCUGGCACACAUGGCCAUGCAGCGUGCCCGCCUCUCCCUGGCGCGCUGUGGGGCCCAGCUGUAUGUGGGCAUCUCCCUGGGCAGCUGCGAGGCCAUCCUCCUGGCCGCCAUGGCCCUGGACCGCUGUCUGGCCGUGUGCAGACCCCUGCAUUAUGCGACGCUGGUGACCACGCCCCGUUGCGCAGCGCUGGCUGGAGCAUCCUGGACGCUGGGCUUUGGACUGUCUGUGCCCAAUGCGGUGGCCGCACUGCGCCUGCCCUUCUGUCCCGGGAGGCCUGCGGUGGACCACUUCUUCUGUGAGCUUCCUGCGGUGCUGAGGACAGCGUGUGCGGACACCACAGCCAACUACAGGCUGGUCUACGGCCUGGGCGUGCCCAUCCUCCUGGUGCCCUUGGCCUUCAUCCUAGCCUCCUACGCCUGGAUUCUGGCUGCGGUGAGCAGGUUGCCCUCGGCUGGGAGUCGCCGAAAGGCCCUGUCUACCUGUAGCUCACAUUUGGCGGUGGUCGGGCUCUUCUAUGGAACCGUGAGCGCCAUGUACCUGCGGCCCCGAGCCUCUAGUGCUCUCCCCGCCAGACAUCAUAAGCUGGUGGCCGUUUUCUACCUGGUGAUCACACCUGUUCUCAAUCCACUCAUCUACAGCCUUCGAAACCGUGAGGUCCACGCGGCAGCCCAGUAUGCCCUGGCCCGACUCCGGGGCGGGAGCACUGUGCUGGGCUAAAGCUACUCGUGCGAGGCAUAGAACUUUCUCAUUGCUGGUCCCUUCAAAUUCCGUGGGGACAUCUUUGUAUUUUAUUUUUGUUAGAGAAGGUCUCAGUAGGUAGUCACCUAGCUUGGAACUCAUUAGGUAUGCCCAGGCUGGACUCGAACUCACUGAGAAACGCUUGCCUUUGCCUCCUGAGUGCUGGGAUUAAAUGGGUGUGCCACUCUUCGGGGAUGUUUUAAAAAUUGUACAUGUUUAUUGACAUUUUGAGGAUUUCCCAGAGUGUGUUCUGAUCACGUCCAUCUCCCACUCCUCCCCCAACUCCUUCCAGACGCACCCCUACUUCCAACUGCAACCCCCAGUUCAGUUUGUGUCCCCUUGUCUUCAUGGGUGUGGGGCCAUUGAAUGGAGCAAGGUGGACCUACCGGGGCUUUG